AUGAAGUUGUUGUUGUUGUUAGUCAGUGUAAUUGGAGUGGUCUACUCGUACGACUUUGAUUUGGUACUGCCUGGGCUUAUUGGUACGUUUAUUGAUUUUUUGGGAAGAUUUGUAGUUUUCGGUCGAAAAGUUCGUUAUAAUAAAAAAUUGUAUUGUGGUCAAAAAGUUUACAGAAAAAACAAUUUUGCCUUUAUCGGUCAAUAAGUUUGUAGAAAAUUGAUUUUGGUUCUGAUCGGUCAAAAAAUUCAAAGAAAAAUUAAUUUUCUGCUUUAUUGAUCAAUAAGUUUAUGGAAAAUUAAUUUUUUGGCUUCAUCGGUCGAAAAGUUCAUAGAAAAAUUGGUUUUCGGCUUUAUUAGUCAAUAAGUUUGUAGAAGAUUCAUUUUUUGGCUUCAUCAGUCAAUAAGUUUACAGAAAACUCAACUUUUGGCUUCAUUGGUCAAAAAGUUUAUAGAAAAAGCUAUUUUUGUUUGCAGCGGUCAAGAAGUUGAUAGAAAACCAAUUUUUAUUAAUGUCUAGAUGAUUCUAUAAACUUUUCGACCAGCAAGCCAAGUUAUUUAUUUUUUUGUUAAAAUUUUAAAAUUCAAAAUUUUCAGAAAAAACGCUAGCAGAAGGCCCAAAGCACGUUGACAUCCUCAACGAACGCGAAAGAAAGCUGUACUUGGCCAUUCUACGACCAAAAGUCAAGGGUGACAGACUUAAAAAGGCCUUUGCCAACAAGAAAAUCAAAGGAAUGUUCUUCGAGGCCAUGAGAGUGGUGCUGAAGGAGCACGGUGUUAGUCCUUUGGCCGCUGACUUCUUGGGCACGGUAAGAUUUUUGAUUUUUUUGGGUUUUCCAGGCUGUGGGUGACAUGUUAUACGAUGGCCAACAUUUUUUGUUUUGUAAAGAAAGUUCUUGCAGUUUUUGUUUUUUAAACAAAGUUAUUGCUAUUUUUAGUUCUGUAAAUAAAGUUUUUGCCAUUUCUUGAUUUGUAAAGAAAGUUUUUGUCAUUUUUUGUUUUGUAAAGAAAGUCCUUGCUAUUUUGUGUUUUGUAUAGAAAGUUCUUGUUAAUUUCUGUUCUGUAAAGAAAGUUCUUGCUAUUUUCAGGUAUACGAAGUGAGUAAAUCGGCCAAGGCCAAGGAAGACCCACAAUACUUUGUGCCAUUUGUCGUUGGAUCCUUCAUGUUAUUGGAAGAUUCAGAAAAGGAAUUGGUAGCCAAAGGUGAUCCUGAGCUAAUCAAGAAGCUACAAGAAGUGGCUAACAAAGAUGAACAAGUCACUGAACUGUUAACUACCUUAGUGGCCUAG